AUGGCUAUCACCAAGAUCGUCACGGCAUUUAUUGCCUUUAUCACACUCCUGGUGUCGAUUGCUGCCGCCCUAGAUGUGUCCUCCACAACCAACGUGGUCACCUAUUGGGGCCAAGGCCACGAUCAACAACGUCUCUCAUACUAUUGUCAACAACCCGAGCACGAUAUCAUUGUUAUUGGCUUUGUUAAUGUUUUCCCUGACCAAGGGAAAGGUGGUUGGCCAGGAACGAACUUUGGAAACCAAUGCUGGAAAGGCACCUAUACAACCCCAGAAGGUGAAGAAACCGAGCUAUUGGAUUCGUGCUACAACAUUAUAGCGGAUAUACCCGUUUGCAAAGCAGCAGGAAAGACUAUUUUGCUUUCUCUGGGCGGUGAAUCUAAGGAUGGCCCUCAAACCUAUAGCGUCAAGAGCAGAGAAUCCGCCAUUAAAUUUGCAGAUUUCCUUUGGGGUGCCUUUGGACCAGUUUCUCCUUCUUGGGAGGGGCCCCGGCCCUUUGGUGAUAAUGUCGUUGAUGGCUUUGAUUUUGAUAUUGAAGUGAAUGGCGGUGCAAACUACCAGUACAUGGUCGAGCGCCUGCGAAGCAAGUUUGCCACUGAUCCAUCAAGACAAUAUUACCUAUCUGCCGCCCCUCAGUGCAUUCUUCCUGAUAGAAAUCUCGGCGGCGUUAUCAGCAGCUCAGCUUUCGACUUUAUUUUCGUCCAGUUUUACAAUAACCCCCUUUGUUCAGCAUUUAACUGGGCGCAAAAUCCUUCGAAAUCUGGUUUCAAUUUUGACGCCUGGGUUCAGUUCAUUCGCAAGGGCGCAAGCCGCAAUGCGAAACUCUUCAUUGGCCUUGUUGGUGAUCAAAAAAGAGUAGUACCACACGGAGAAUAUACGAAGGAUGACAAGAACUAUCUCUCGCUUCCAAACGUUGAAAAGCUCAUCAUGACAUUUAUGAAUAAAUAUCGUGCCAACUUCGGUGGCAUGAUGAUCUGGGAUGCUCAAACCUCGGAAGAGAACAAACUUGUUCAAGGGGGGUAUGCUUCGAAUAUCAAGAGAUCGCUUCUUAAAUACGGCCCUCCCAGACCAACAACUACCUCUAAGACUACGAGCAGCACCAAGACUUCCACAUCCAUGCCUACAUCGAAGACUACCAUGAUGACCACUUCAAAGUCUUCUACCUCGAAGAGUUCUUCAUCCACUAGGUCCACCCCCACGAUGACCACCUCAACCAAGGCUUCAACUACUAUGACAAGGUCUUCCACCCAAAUGACCUCGUCCACAAGGCCCAACCCUACCCCAUCUACUUCGUCAACCACAGCUACCUCUAGCACUCCAACGCAAACAAGCGUGACGUCUAUCACUGUUACAGGCGUCCCAGGCACUGGCACUGGAACUGGAACUGGAACUGGAACUGGAAACCCAACCAUCACUGCCACUCCAAUGUAUCCAAAUACCACAUCUACUACUGAUGGAACAGAGACCCAGACGAGCUCAACCUUCAUUACUACUACUAGUAUAUGGAGCUCUGGCACUGGCACUGGCACUGGCACCGGAAUUCCCACAAUCACCACCACUCCAAGAUACCCGAAUACUACUUUCACAGGCAUCACGACUAGAACUUUUACUUCUUCUACGCAGCAAUCAUCUGACAUAACCUUGUCUAUUCCCAACCCAUGCCACAACGACACCCAGACAUCUGCUAUGACCAUUUCUACGCCAACCGUCACCGUUUGUACCAAAUGUGCUUCCACUCCGACAACUAUGACCAUCACUUACCCGGUUACAAUGACAUCGGAGCCCGUGAGUCCAACACAAGUACCAGAGACCCAGUCACCACCAGAAGCACCAGGUAAUAGCUCCGGCUACCCACCACCAGUAACUUCUGGCAGCCAGUCAGGUCACCCAAGCGCUCCAACUGGUGCUCUUCCUCCAAGACCAUCAGAUACCCCAAAGAUGGGUGGCAACGGUGGAUAUUACCCCCCAAUUUACACUGGUGGAGCUAAAGCCGCGUCGCCAUCAUUCUCGAUUGUAGUGAUGGUGUUGGGCGCAAUCGUAUAUCACAUUAUGCAAUGA